GAGGUGUUUUGUAUAGGAAGUACAAAAGCUAUUUAUACUUAAUGAUGUUAAAAGUUAACUUUUGCUCUGGUUUGCUUGUCUUAAUUGGCUUGAAGCUUGCUGUGGCUGAAGAUUAUGGAUUUAUUCAAGUUAAUGACAAAAAUGGUGACAACAUGGAACUGUGUGCGGCAUUCAACACAAACUUUAAAUCCAUACAUUCUGGGAAACCAGAGGGUGAAUGGAAAUCAGGGCAGUCUUUCACAAACUUGUACCCAGCUUUGGGCUGUCAAAAUGACAUAGAUGCCGUUUAUACAGACCAGUUAGUAAUACUUAAACGUGGAAAUUGUACAUUUGCUGAAAAGGCUGUUUUUGCACAAACUUCCCAAGCUGAUGGUAUUAUAACUGUUAGCAGUUCUGGUAUUUUAAUACCAGGCGCCACGCAAGAAGAAUAUGAUGAUAUUAAUGUCAGUGUUGCCGUCAUCACAGAAGAUUCUCUUGCUUUAUUAACAAAAUUUUUAACCAAGCACUUAUUAGAAAAUGUGCGUAUGUUUCAGUACAUACCUGUCGCAAAAUCCUCUAUUGAUCCAAAUGCAGUUGUAUUAUGGGUAUUAGCAGUUGUAACUUGCGCAGUCGGUGCAUGGCUGCAGGGCGUCACCUUUAAAGAUACAACUCCUGCUAAAUAUAAUGAAUUAACAAAUGAUGAUAAUAGUUUAACUGAAACAUCAGAUAAUCAAGACAUUGAACCCGAAGUUGACAUUAGUCCUAAAAUAGCUGUUGUGUUUUUCCUUAUGUGUUCAGUUUCCAUCCUGUUAAUGUAUUUUUUCUUUGAUUAUCUUGUCUAUGUUAUAAUUGUAGUUUUCUGUUAUGCAUCUUCCACAGCUAUGUUUUAUUUAUUAAACUCUGCGUUCAAAACAUCACCCUGUUUCACGAGGUACACGCUGCCAAAUCCUAUCCCUUUAUUGUCUAUAAGGCCCCCUAUUUUGUCUAUUAUUUUAUUUAUUUCCUGUGUAACUUUUUCUAUUGUUUGGGCAGUGUACAGGAAGUCAUCUUUUGCUUGGUUAUUACAAGAUAUCCUUGGCGUUAACUUCUGCAUAUACAUGAUCAAAACAAUUAGGCUUCCCAAUUUCAAAGUUUGCACAAUUUUGCUUGUUUUGUUCUUUAUCUACGAUGUUUUUUAUGUUUUUAUCACCCCUUUAUUAACCCCAAAUCAUGAAAGCAUCAUGGUCCAUAUUGCUACUGGUGGAACAGGGAAAACAACAGAAGAGCUUCCAAUGCUGUUUAAAAUGCCCAAGUUUAUGUUUUCCCCUUUCUCAAAGUGUGUACAAGAACUUCCAUACUCCAUGCUGGGUUAUGGUGAUGUAAUUCUACCAGGCUUGCACGUUGGCUUCUGUGCCAUAUGGGAUUCUAAGCUGAAUGCAGGAAAUGCAGUGAAGCAACACGCGUAUUACAUAGCAGCAGUUGUUGGCUACUGCGCUGGCUUGGUCCUAACAUUCAUAGCAAUGGUAGUAAUGAGAACAGGACAACCUGCGCUGCUAUAUCUUGUACCAUGCUGCCUCAUAAGCACAUAUAUAGUUGCAGCCAAAAGAAAGGAAUUAAAUAUGAUCUGGAAUGGAAAAAUUGUGAAGAAAAAGUCAACGGAUUUAAAAAUAGAGCCUGAAAAUGAAAUGUUACUUGAAUCUUCAUCAUAGAAAAACUUUGUGCUUUUUUUAAUAAUGUAAAGUUUAGGCAAGAAUUUGUUCGGAUUUUUUAUGUCUUGUGCAAGUAUAUAAUUAUAUCUAAUAAUAUCUUUUGGUGUUUUAUAUUUCUGUUUAGA